AUGGCAGAUCGCAAACAUUCUCCCCUCAAUUCAUAUCGCCCAAAAUUUCGACGACAUCAUCCCCACGCACAUUCUCGCCCACGCCACCUCGAUCACGAGAGGACUUCACCUCCCAAACUACGUGCCCGACCGGAUAUCGCAGUUCAUCUCGACAGUCCAAAGGGAUCCAAUGAAGUCUUGGUCGUGGACGUUUUUGACGGUGCCAACGGAGGAAAAGAAGGUCACACUUCGGUCGCAAUUUACUCCACAAACCCAACAGCAGGAUUACCAGCUCCACAACAAAUCACAAAAACAGUCCCAACCCAACGCCCACCGAUAAAAAGAUCUUCAAAGCCAAGAUCGAAAUCCGAAUCUGACAAUGUUUCCCAAACCAAAGGGGAUUCGGCUUUUUUUGACCCUUCAGAUUUUUUCUUGAUGACGAGCAGGGACGACAUCCUCUACCAGUGGGGGUCGAAUGACGUGGACACCCAAGAAGUCGCGAGUGACACCCUCGAUUUAGACAGAAUCAUGCCAGCGGCCCCGUUUCUACUCAAUUUUAGUCAUUACGACGAAAAGGACAUUGCUCUACAUGUCGGACUCAGAAGAAAGCAUGGCCGUCGUGUCGUCGUAAAAAAUUAUUCGCCCACUUUCAUACCGCCAUGCACGGACGAUUACAAUCGCGAAUUUUUCCGCUACCUUAAAACCAAAGAAAAUCUGGAAACGCUGAAAUUUAUUCUUGAAAUUUACAUCGAUGAUGAUCCCUUACAAUAUAAGUGUUUUGAUGAAGAUUUAACUACGUCCACGUCAAGUAGGCCCUUUGAUUCUGGGGAGAUUCUUGAGAAUAGCGAUUUUCCUGUGAUUCGUAGCAAUUUUGCCACAUUCUGGGCCACUAAAACCAUUCCAAACAAGCUCACAUUUAUCCACGUCGAGUUACCCGGACUUUCCGCGUUCUAUCUGAAUGACUGGAAACGCUUCUUGGAACUCCAGACUCGAUUAGUGACGCUCAUUUGUUCUUUUGGCUCAGUAUUGUGGACCUUUUACAAAAAUGUGAUACCAAAGAAUGAAAAGACGCUGGAAAAAGUUGUGCUCAGACGACUGAUCAGUUAUGAUGUUCGAAAUCAAAGGCAUGUUCCGCUAGAUUUCGGAAUUUUUGAGAAAUGCGAGCAGCUCAAUUAUCUAAAGAUUACUGGCGGAGGGUACAAGGAACGUUGGGGAGAGUGGGUAACUCUUGGGCAAGAAAAUGACCAAGAAGAAAUCCUUCUCAAUGUCAACUUGGAUCUAAUUCCGCUCGAAAAUUUGUUAGAGUUCCACUAUUGCCGGAUGAGCAUUAACAAAACCAGGCUUCAAGAGUUGGCCAUCGCGUGUCAAGAUAAAAAAUUGCGACUCAUUUGCUGUAAUUGUCCAGAUCGUGAAUUUACGGAUGGAGACUGGCCAAUAGACAGCAGUGAUCAGUCUGCAGAGUCUGACAAAGCGUGGGAAAUAGAAGACAUGGCGACAACGAUUGAGCUCGCCAUGCAAUUCGGGGGACAUUCCACGUCACGUCGACACAUUGAAUAUUACAGGAAGCAACAACAGCAGAAACAGUAUUUGAUCACGUUCCUCCUUAUCCUCUGCACCCUUGCAUUUUUAGGAAUGACAGCGGCUGUUAUUGUGGCGAUUGCAUAUUCCAACAAAGGAAGGCAUGACAGAAUGUAGCCCCAUCGUAUGCAGGCGUGUUUGUCCUGCAAAUCAAAAUUUAAAGUUAAUUAUAAACAGCUAUGUUAAAUAUCUA